UCAUCAACAGCUUCAAUUCUCAGCGAUCGCCAUCGACCUCGACCUCGACCUCAGCUCAAGCUACUAUAGCAAACCUGCAGAGAGAUACGAUAGGACUGCAGGCGAUCAUGGUGUCGACAUGGCUGGCAACAGUCUUGGCGGCGCUCGUCGUCGCCACGGCGGCACACGCGGCGGCGGAACUGGAGGUCGGUUUCUACAAGCACUCGUGCCCAAAGGCCGAGGAGAUCGUGCGCAACGCCGUCCGCCGCGGUAUCGCCCGUGACGCCGGCGUCGGCGCCGGACUCAUCCGGAUGCAGUUCCAUGACUGCUUCGUCCGGGGCUGCGACGCCUCCAUCCUCAUCAACUCCACGCCGGGCAACAAGGCCGAGAAGGACUCCGUCGCCAACAACCCCAGCAUGCGCGGCUUCGACGUCGUCGACGACGCCAAGGCCGUCCUCGAGGCGCACUGCCCGCGCACCGUCUCCUGCGCCGACAUCAUCGCGUUCGCCGCCCGCGACGGCGCCUACCUCGCCGGCGGCCUCGACUACAAGGUCCCCUCGGGCCGCCGUGACGGCCGCGUGUCCAAAGAGGACGAGGUGCUCGACAACAAUGUCCCCGCCCCGUUUGACGACGUCGCCGAGCUCAUCAAGAGCUUCAAGCGCAAGGGUCUCAACGCCGACGACAUGGUCACGCUCUCCGGCGCGCACACCAUUGGCCGCUCUCACUGCUCCUCCUUCACGCAGCGCCUUUACAACUUCAGCGGCCAGCUCGGGCGGACUGACCCGUCGCUUGACCCCACCUACGCUGAGCACCUCAAGAUGCGCUGCCCAUGGCCGUCCAGCAACGGCCAGAUGGACACCACGGUGGUGCCGCUCGACCCGGUCACGCCGGCGACCUUCGACAACCAGUACUACAAGAACGUGCUGGCGCACAAGGUCCUGUUCGUCUCCGACAACACGCUGCUCGACAACCCCUGGACGGCCGGAAUGGUCCACUUCAACGCCGCAGUCGAGAAAGCAUGGCAGGUCAAGUUCGCCAAGGCCAUGGUGAAGAUGGGCAAGGUCCAGGUGCUCACCGGCGACGAGGGAGAGAUCAGGGAGAAGUGCUUCGUCGUCAACCCACACUACUAGUCAAGUUUAGCUAAUUACCUUGUGUACUAUGUUUGUUUAUUUAUUUAUACGUUCCACACGUCAAUACGUCAUAAGUUUGAGAAUGUUUUCUCUUCAAGUCUGUGAAUGAAAUCAAACACAAGUUUGUCAAGUAAAAUUGUGUAAUUUGCACAGCAUGAAAGAAAUUUAGUGAUGACAUCCUCUUAUAGAAAUGUAGAAGCUAUUUUUUC